ACCAAGAAGAUAUUUUUCAUGUCCUCCAAAGUCCACACUCUCAUCACUGACAAAGCUCUGAGCAUUGAGCUUCAUCUUCUUCUCAGCCAUUGAUGUCUCUUCUCCUAAACCCCAUCAGAACACUCUCAAUCUCACCAUUGUUGCCAUCCUCCAAAGCUCACCUCUUUCUCAGUCCCAAUUCCAAGCUCAGAAGCUUCCAAAGCACCAAAAAUGAAGCCUUGCCAAGCAAAACUAAGAAAAAAAUUGUUCUUUUUGAUGUAGCUCCUCCAGUUUCAGAGGAUGAUAAUGGCAUUGUGGAGAAUGGAAGGGUUUCAGAGGGACAGAGGAAGCUUGGUGGAGUUCCUCCUCCUCCUCCUUUGGGUUUUCUCAGAAAGGGGCUUAAGAGAGUUUUGGCUGCUCUUUCUAACUUGCCUUUGGCUAUUGGGGAGAUGUUCACCAUUGCUUCCCUCAUGGCUUUGGCCACUGUAAUUGAUCAAGGGGAGGCACCUGACUACUACUUCAAGAAAUAUCCAGAAGAAAAUCCUGUGUUUGGAUUUUUUACUUGGAGAUUGAUUCUUACUCUUGGAUUUGACCAUAUGUUCACCUCUCCUGUUUUUCUCGGCAUGUUGGUUCUUCUUGCAGCAUCACUCAUGGCCUGUACAUACACAACCCAGAUCCCCAUGGUCAAAGUUGCCAGAAGAUGGUCGUUUAUGCACUCAUCAGAGACUAUUCGCAAAUUGGAAUUUUUUGACUCACUGCCACAAGCAUCCAUCCAGGACUUGGGUGUCAUUUUAAUGGGGUCUGGUUUUGAGGUGUUCGUAAAAGGGCCAUGUUUAUAUGCCUUCAAGGGUCUAGCAGGACGGUUUGCUCCCAUUGGCGUGCACAUAGCAAUGCUUUUGAUCAUGGCCGGAGGGACUCUUAGUUCAACUGGUAGCUUUCGAGGCUCUGUUGAUGUUCCUCAAGGGUUAAAUUUUGUCAUCGGAGAUGUGAUGAAACCAAAUGGAUUUCUUUCUACUCCAAGUGAAGCUUUUGACACAGAAGUUCAUGUUAAUAAAUUCUUUAUGGAUUACUAUGAUAGCGGAGAGGUCUCACAAUUCCACAGCGAUCUUUCGCUGUUUAGCCUUGACGGGAAAGAACUAAUGAGAAAAACAAUUAGUGUUAAUGAUCCUCUAAGAUAUAAAGGCAUCACAAUCUAUCAAACUGAUUGGGGUUUCUCGGCACUUCAAGUCUCAAAGGACGGUGAAGGCCCAUACAAUCUUCCGGUGGCGCCUUUACAGAUAAAUGGUGACAAGAAACUUUAUGGCACAUUUCUUCCAGUUGGAAAUACAGAUUCGCCUAAUGUGAAGGGAAUAUCGAUGCUUGCACGAGAUCUGCAAUCUAUUGUCUUGUAUGACCAAGAGGGGAAGUUUGUGGGAGUGCGUCGACCCAGCUCAAAACUACCUAUUGACAUUGAUGGCAUGAGUAUAGUUAUAGAAGAUGCAAUUGGUAGUACUGGUCUCGAUUUGAAGACUGAUCCUGGCGUACCUGUCGUCUAUGCUGGUUUCGGUGCUCUUAUGCUCACUACUUGCAUCAGCUUUUUAUCUCAUUCACAGAUAUGGGCGUUGCAAGACGGAACAACAGUGGUGGUCGGUGGAAAGACUAAUCGAGCGAAGCUUGAAUUUCCAGAAGAGAUGAAUGAUUUGCUUGAUAAAGUACCUGAACUUGUGAAUGCUGACGAUAAUACUGCUUGAUCAUUACUUGGUUACACAUUCUACAUUUUCGAUACACCCUUUGAGAAUUGGUAUACAAAUUUUGAAGGAUGACUGUAAAGUGGAGCAUACGUAUACAGCAGCUAGCUCAUGUUGAAAUUACUGGAAAGAUCACAAUGCUCUACAAUGGAUAGAGGUUUUUCAGAAAAAAAAAAUGUUGGAUUGGAAUGAAGAUUCAGAAGAUUAUCAUCAUGACCAUGAGUUGUAAAUUGCAAUCCUAGCUGUAUGAUAAUGUAUAGGACUGGGUAUACAUUUGGUUGAUCAUGGAUAUUUUUAAGCAUUUUUUUGUAGAGCAGAGUGUUAAAAAUUUAACGUACAACUUUAAAGAAAGCAAAACAUUAUUUUAUUCUUUGUUGUUUCAA